CGGGGGGAGGGGAGCGAUGCGGCGCCGGCGGGCGGCGGUGGCCGCGGGUUUCUGCGCCUCCUUCCUGCUGGGCUCGGUCCUCAACGUGCUCUUCGCACCGGGCUCGGAGCCUCCACGGCCCGGCCAGUCCCCCGGGCCCUCGCCAGCCCCGGGCCCGGGCCGUCGCGGGGGCCGCGGGGAGCUGGCCCGGCAGAUUCGAGCGCGCUACGAGGAGGUGCAGCGCUAUUCCCGCGGGGGCCCCGGGCCCGGGGCCGGCCGGCCGGAGCGGCGGCGCCUUAUGGACCUGGCUCCGGGCGGUCCCGGCCUGCAGCGUCCCCGGCCCCCGCGGGCCCGGCCCCUGCCCGACGGCGCUCCGGGCUGGCCCCCGGCUCCCGGCCCGGGCUCCCCUGGUCCGGGCCCGCGCCUGGGCUGCGCCGCGCUCCGCAACGUGUCCGGCGCUCAGUACUUGGGCUCCGGCUACACCAAGGCCGUGUACCGGGUCCGCCUGCCUGGCGGCGCGGCGGUGGCGCUCAAGGCGGUGGACUUCAGCGGCCACGAUCUGGGCAGCUGCGUGCGCGAGUUCGGGGCGCGGAGGGGCUGCUAUCGACUGGCGGCCCAUAAGCUGCUCAAAGAGAUGGUGCUGCUGGAGCGGCUGCGGCAUCCCAACGUGCUGCAGAUCCUAUGGAGUGGAAAGGCCCUUGUGACCAUGCCCUCGAACAGUGACCUUCCCGAGGAACUCACGACUACCCCAGCUGAUGUGGGUCAUCCCCGCCCCCACCAACUAUGCAAAGAACACCCAAGGCUCUAUGGCUACUGCUACCAGGACAGUGAGGACAUCCCAGACACCCUGACCACCAUCACGGAGCUGGGCGCCCCUGUGGAGAUGAUCCAGCUGCUGCAGACUUCCUGGGAGGAUCGCUUCCGAAUCUGCCUGAGCCUGGGCCGCCUCCUCCACCACCUGGCCCACUCCCCGCUGGGCUCGGUCACUCUGCUGGACUUCCGCCCCCGACAGUUUGUGCUGGUGGACGGGGAGCUGAAGGUGACAGAUCUGGAUGACGCCCGUGUGGAGGAGACGCCGUGUACAGGCAACGCCGACUGCAUACUCGAGUUCCCGGCCAGGAACUUCACCCUGCCUUGCUCUGCCCAGGGCUGGUGCGAGGCCAUGAAUGAGAAACGCAACCUCUACAAUGCCUACAGGUUUUUCUUCACAUACCUCCUGCCCCAUAGUGCCCCGCCUUCACUCCGGCCCCUGCUGGACAGCAUUGUCAAUGCCACAGGAGAGCUUGCCUGGGGGGCGGACGAGACCCUGGCCCAGCUGGAGAAGGUGCUGCACCUGUACCGGAGCGGGCAGUAUCUGCAGAACUCCACUGCAGGCAGCCAAGCCGAGUACCAACGCCUCCCCGACAGUACUAUCCCCCAGGAGGACUACCGAUGCUGGCCAUCCUACCACCACGGAGGCUGCCUCCUUUCCGUGUUCAGCUUGGCCGAGGCUGUGGACAUCUGUGAGAACCAUGCGCAGUGCCAGGCCUUUGUGGUCACCAACCAGACCACCUGGACAGGUCGGCAACUGGUCUUUUUCAAGACAGGAUGGAGCCACGUGGUCCCUGAUCCCAGCAAGACCACAUAUGUGAGGGCCUCUGGCUGAGCCAUCUGCAGGCUCCGCUGACCAUCCCCGCCAGCUGGGCUUGCCUGUGACUUGCCCUAGCAGCACUGCAUGUCACAUGGGUACCCCUGCAGAGCAAGCUGACAGCCCAGACAGACCGAGGUGACCAGGACAACGUGCAAUAAUGCCAAAUGUUAAAAAUGUGAGUUUACCAGUCUAGGUCUGGGACUGCUGGCUCCAGAGCCAAGAAUCAGGGGGAGGGAGCUGACUGCCCCUUCCACUGUCUCGGCUGCCAGUAGGGCCCAGGCUGAUCUCCCCAUUGAGGGCUCUGCCCCUUAGUGGGGACAGUUCUGUGGGCAGCCCCAUCACUGUGUGUAGUGUGAGAAUGUAGCCAGAGCCCCUGCUGCCGGUGCUGCUGUGCGUGCCAUGGGCCAGCAGGGGCCGCGAGGGGACAAUCGGUCAUGGAGCAUGGUCUCUUAGCCAAGCUCCUGAGCGGAGACUUGAAGAGAUGCUCCAAGAUGUGGGCGAUUCUGUACUCCAGGGCGGCUGCCUCUGGGAACCCAACAGGGGGCGCCUGCCAGCCAGCCCAGGGGCACAGACAGAGGCGCACACAGGUAUGAGCCAAGUCAUGGGUUGAGGAGCAGGUAGCAGUUUGAGCCAGGACCUGGGGCGGGGGUGGGGCCGGGGCCUUUCUGCCUCAUUUGCUUUCAGUGAAAGCCGAAAAGCAGCCAAAACCAGCCUCUCCCCCCUCCUGGAGUUUGUAUAUCCAGAAGCUUUUGUACUUCUUGUUCAUUAAAAUGUUUAUUUUUGUAAAAAAAAGUAAAAUCAAUUAAUAAAAUGAUAUUUCACGGCAAGGACUGACCUCCC